CUCUCUCCCUCGUUCGCUCUUUCUUCCCCCCACACUACAGCACUUUUCCCCAUUCAUCACUUCAGAUACAACGGCCCGCUUGGACAGUAUCACCUAAAGACGUUUUUUUAAUCUUGACUGAUCAUAUAAAAAGGACCUGGAGUAUGAUUUUAAUUGUCGUCAUUUCUGCAAGAUCUUCUAUGGGAAAACAGGGAAACCAGUUUAUAGCUGGGACAAAGUUUAGCCAAAGGGACACCUUCAGAGAAUCCUGAUCUUCUGUGUUUCUGCCCCACUGACUGCUCCAGUAAAGACUUUUUGGCUGAGAUAAUUGAUAAUUAAAAAAAGAUACUCUUGGAUCUUAGUUAUAUUCCAAAGAAAACUGGGGAAAAUGGUCGGACUCCGACCUGCCGAUGUGCCUCCAACAGCGGCGGUGAAGUUUGUGGGUGCUGGGACUGCAGCCUGCAUUGCUGACCUGCUCACCUUUCCCCUGGACACGGCCAAAGUACGGCUGCAGGUCCAAGGAGAGGCCAGCGUCUCUGAAGCGUUGGGAAAAGCUCCUGCAGUGAAGUAUCGGGGUGUGUUUGGGACCAUAAUCACAAUAGUGCGCACGGAGGGGCCCCGGAGCCUUUACAGCGGGCUGGUGGCAGGACUCCAGAGACAGAUGAGCUUUGCCUCUGUCCGCAUCGGUCUCUAUGACUCCUUUAAACAGUUCUACACUAAAGGAUCUGAUCACGCGGGCAUCGGCAGUCGGCUGCUCGCCGGAUGCACCACAGGCGGCAUGGCUGUGGCUCUGGCUCAGCCCACAGAUGUGGUGAAAGUCCGAUUUCAAGCACAGGCCAGGUCUCAUGAGCACGCGAGACGCUACUGUGGCACAAUUGAUGCCUAUAAGACCAUCGCUAAGGAGGAAGGCAUCCGUGGUCUCUGGAAAGGCACAGGUCCAAACAUUGCACGCAACGCUAUCGUUAACUGCACAGAACUAGUGACAUACGACUUCAUUAAGGAUUUGCUCCUCACGUCCACUCCCAUGUCUGACAACCUGCCUUGCCACUUCGUGUCAGCCUUUGGUGCCGGGCUAUGCACGACUGUGAUCGCUUCCCCGGUGGAUGUGGUCAAAACGAGAUAUAUGAACUCGGCCCUCGGCCAGUACAGCGGCGUCCUCAGCUGUGCUGCUGCCAUGAUGACCAAAGAAGGCCCGCUGGCCUUUUAUAAGGGCUUCAUGCCAUCGUUCCUACGGCUGGGCACUUGGAACGUGAUCAUGUUCGUCACAUACGAGCAGCUGAAGCGAGCUUUGAUGGCAGCGAAUCACAGCCGCACAACUUUAUUAUAA